AUCAAUUCAUUUUAUUUUUUACAAUGGGUAAUCCUCGCGUUUUCUUUGAUGUUUCCAUCGGCGGUAAGCCCGAAGGACGUAUCGUUUUCGAACUUUUCAAAGACGUUGUUCCCAAGACUGCUGAGAAUUUCCGUGCUCUCUGUACUGGUGAAAAGGGUAUCGGUGCUAGUGGAAAGCCUUUGUCCUACAAGGGAAGUAUCUUUCAUCGUAUUAUCAAGAACUUCAUGCUUCAAGGUGGUGAUUUCACAGCUGGUAACGGUACUGGUGGAGAAUCCAUUUAUGGUGAAAAGUUUGAAGAUGAAAACUUUGUUUUAAAGCACGAAAAGCCCUUCUUGUUAUCAAUGGCCAAUGCUGGACCUGGCACCAACGGCUCUCAGUUCUUCAUCACUACAGUACCUACACCUCAUUUGGACGGUAAGCAUGUUGUCUUUGGUAAAGUCUUGAAGGGCAAGGCUGUGUGCCGUACUCUUGAAUUUUUGGAAACCAACAACGACAAGCCUCUUAAGGAUGCUGUUAUCACCAACUGUGGUGAAUUAGCUGAAGGUGAGGAUGAUGGUAUCCCCGUGAGUGAUGAUGGUGAUGAUUUUGAAGAAUUCCCUGAUGAUUAUGAGGGUCCUAAGGAACCCACUGACAUUGUCGAAAUUGCUAGCAAGCUUAAGGAUAUUGGUAACAGUUACUUUAAAAAGGGGGACUAUGAAAAGGCCUCUAGAAAGUAUCUCAAGGCAAUUCGUUAUUUGAACGAUAAGCCUGCAUUUGAUGAAGAGGAUCCUGAGGAGCUUCGUGUUAAAUUCGCCUCUGUGAAGAUCCCUUGUUUCCUUAACAGAGCUAUGUGUGGUAUCAAAUUAGGUGAAAACUCAGAUUGUAUCAAGGUCACCACCAUGGUUUUAGAAUACGAUGCUAAAUACUUGAAGAAGGCUGAUAUUACCAAGGCUUAUUACCGCCGUGGUAUGGCCAAGGUCAAUAGCAAAGACUUGGAGGGAGCUAUUGAAGAUUUCGAAAAGGCUCAUGAAAAUGAUCCUGAGGAUGCUGGUAUUAAAAAGGAACUUGCCAGUACAAAGGCAAAGUUAGCUGCCAAAAAGCAAAAGCAAAAGGAAGCCUACUCCAAGUUGUUUGCUUAA